UCUCCCACCUAUUCUUACAGUUAGAACGCGAAAAGGCUCUUUUAUCAAGGAGAUCGAAUGUAGCAGCUUAGCUCGCACACAAUGGAGGUCGAAUCCAUUCGUCGCUCGUUCAGGUGGUCGCAUUGGAGUGUUGGUCUGAACAAAUAUGCAUAUGCACACGAACAUGCAGCGAGCAGGUGUGAAUGCACUUGUAUUGUAUGCAACCUAGUAUGUAUGUAUACGAAUGCCUUACGUACAGGUGUAUGUCUGGUGGAUGGAAGACAGGACAAAAACGGACACAUCGCAUGAUAUGGUGUGUACGUAAGCCAGACGCCAGCCUGAGCAGCACACACAUACAUGGCUCAUGCACAUAUAGCUAGAGCGCACUCAUUCGUCCACGCCCCGCCAACUUCUGAAGAAAGGGCCUCCGUUGGCUGUGAGUGUGACCAAUCAUACAGCCCUCAGCCAACGGAGGCCCAGAAGGAUCCCAGCCCGACCAAAAACAAGGCAGCAACGCAGGCACCUUACGCCCCUCACCGCCUGCCUGUACAUGUGUGUAUCUCGCUUCCCUUUGACUGAUGCAUAUGUAGGCCCUCUCUCCCUCUCUCUAUGCAAAAAGGACAGUUGCACGCACGGACGAAUCAGUCAAUCAAUCAAUCGCUGCAAGACCUCUAAAAAUGAAGCAUUCGGCAUUGUAUACGUAUAUAAAUGUCGGUGUUGACGUAUAGAAAGACAUGCACACAAACAGACAGACAUGAAAAAAGCCCUAAGGCGCCACUUCUGAAUGACUGAUGACCGCAUGAAUGAGACGCCCUAUCUAUAUACACCAAGGAAGGCAAGGCAUCCAUCGAUAUCGUCAGGCCACCCGCGGCACUGGCCUGCAUUGGCUCACACAUACACACACCCAUGUGAAACUGUUCGCGUGUACGUGGAUGAGUGCUGUGUAGGUACGUACAUCGACGUAGAAUUGAAGGCGUUCACAAUGGCUUUAGCGUGCUUGCUGAUGGCAUCUGUGGGGUACUCAGUUAGCUUGUGGAUGGACUCCUGGCAGCCACUCUGCACACAGACACGAAGCACAUACUCGCACCUGUGUUAGACGUGCCCGUGUCAGUCAGGUCAGACCCUGCCAAUGAUGAGGUCCUUGACGCGUGUGCUCAACGCCUCGGUCCCGCUGACAGGUCGAUGCAUCCACGACACACAAUCACACACAUGCGGUGCGGACGUCGGGCGUGCAUGGGUUCGUCAUACUUGGUGAUGAUAUCCUCGAUCGACUUGAGCGCUGGAGCAAGUAUGAAAUCUCCCUGGUGAUGGCGGGCAGGCCAGGACAUGACCAUGGCGCAUGUAACGCGCUCAACGCACUGGUACUCGACUGCGUGUGUCCGCUCCGUUUCGUUGCCCCAGGCCAGCAAGUUGAUGCACGUGAAAGUCAUCAGUCCGAACACUGCUGAGGACUUGUCCUUCUUAGCAGAAAUCAGCUCACGGUAGGCUGUGAAGGUAUUCGGCAGCACUGCCGCGUCGAUGAUGCUCGUGACGUCCGGACGCCUGCUCAGUUGGUUGACACAGCCAAACAACGAAAAGCGCCGUGGGUUUCUCCUCCGCCGAUUCACUCACUUGCCGUUAAGUAUGUGGUGUCCGAGCGUGGCGGUCAGUGUGCCGGCGCUAUUGUUGCGAAUAUCGGUAUCAGAUGAGAGCAGCAAGCUCGACAGCUUCAUCAGUACAUCACGCCCAGACAAUAUCUCUGCAAGAACAGAUACACACACUUGUGCCCACCCUUCCUGCCUGCCUCCCUCCCUCCCUCCCUCCCUCUCUGUCUGUCUGUCUGUCUGUCUUGCCAUGGCCCUUUCUUUCUUACCCACUGUGGGAUCAUUCGCGUUCCAUUCGAGGCCCUUCCAUUCGCCAUGCACAUUGACUGCGAAUGCGAGCAUCCAGGUGGCGGCUUUGGUGAGCGCCACCCCGUCGUCAUCAUCGCCGUCGUCGUGGUCGUCGAGCAGGUCGAGCACAAGAGACACCCCGCCCGCAUCCAAAAACUCAUCCACCCACAGGGUGCGAUUCUGACCAGAGGUAUCAGAAGUCGCCCAAACCGCCACAUCAGACAGGAGCUUGAAGGUGUCUGCGGCCACAUCCAUGAGACCCAGCCCCAUCGCUUGCUGGACGCCUGUGGCCAGGCCGGAAAUGGCGCCCACUCUGGAGUUAACCAACACACAAGCCGCGGGAUGGUCUUAUGUACCCACAAGGCCUGUCUGCCUCCCUGCGUCUGUGUGUGGGUGCGUCUGUGGGUUCCUACCUGACGAGGACGUCGGCGGCUUGGGAGCCCAUCUCUGCCACCUGCUGCAGUAGGUCCCGAGCCGCACGCCGCACCUCAUCAUUCUCAAAGUCGACUGCAAGGUGAAGCAGGACGCUACCGUAGAGGUCAGCAACGCCCGCAGCAGUCUCAUCCGAGCCAUCAUUCAUGGAUGCCGUGAUCCGCUCCAUUGCACGCAGCUGCUGGCUCUCAUGUGGGCCUUCCAGCUGAUCAAUCACACUGGGAUGCAUCCCACCAUCCUGCAGACAGACACAUACGGACAGCCAGCCAAGACGAAAGACGCGUUGUCUACUCUGUGUGUGUUGGGAUGGGCAGUUGGAGAGGAGGGGGGUCGCGUACGUGUAGCGACACGGAGGCGAGGAUCUUCUUGGCUUGUGCGCCGAUGGAAUCAUUAUGAUACUUGGCAAUCUCCGCGAUCGACGACAGGCAGCCGGGCUGCAGGAGAGAAGGCAAGGGAGAGUCUCUCUCAGGACAUCACAAAGGCGCGUCCAGUUGUAUGCAUACAAACUAACCGUUUCGAUGAUGAUGUCUUUGACGCGCUGAGUCAACGAGGCAGACUCCCGGCUGAUCGAUCGUAAGUGACGCGAGCACACAGACAGCGUGUGGGCAGACAGCUCUGUCUGUCUUCUCGUGUGCCUCUCUACCUGAGCACACGACCAAGAGCGAGAAUCGUUCCCCGCGACUGCACCAGCUGCACGCUUCUCUGCGGCCCUUCCGGCAGCUCAGCGGCGUCCCUGUACUUGUGCAUCUCCUCACACGACAGCUCCACACACCCGUUGUGCACUGCAUGCGCUUGCUGCAGCACACAUGCAGAUGCAGAGUUAGAGAAAGAGAGAUGGCUCAUGUGUGUGCUGAAAGACCAACCUGCAUCUCGUUUCCGUCCUUGAUCAGGUAGUCACAUGCACUCCUCACGACCAAGAAGUAGUAAUCCCCGUCCAGGCCUUUAGCCCAGUGGUCCUCAUGAUAUGCUGCCAUGGCAUUCGGAACCACUGAAGCCGCGACGAUUCGCGCAAGGCCCACAGGCAGCGUCUCGGGACGGCCCUUCCAAUCUGACGGGUGGGGUGCGUAAACACACAGGCGCACCUCUCUCUGGUGUACAUGCCACUGUUUUUGGCGUGCAGCGCAGCCUUACUUGCCACUUGCCCCGUCGCCGUGAGCGCCAUGUACAUCAGCCCAGCAGCCGACAAUCGCGUGACAGGGUCGGCUGCCAAGAGCAGGGGCGACAGCUUUGUCACUGCAUCAUAAUCCACCAAAUCAUCCGCCACAUGGUCCGACCACAAAUCAAACCUCUCCUGCACAGCAACGGGAUCAUCAUCCGAGACGCCGAAGGCGCCGGGCGAGGUUCGCGCCAAUAGGUCGAUCGCAGUCGCCCCAAUCCUCAGGAGCCCCCCGUCCGUCAAGGCAAGGAUGGGAGCCGUGUCAUUGGCGUAAUAUUCCAGCAGCUUCGAGGCGACCGGCACGCCACGAGCCUCGAUGAAGUCAUCCACCAGGGCCGUCCCCUGGCUGGCGAUCAACGUGCGAAGGGAUCCUAGGAGGGUGCCCACACUGCUGCUGCCCAUGUCCUUGUCGAUGGCCUCGACCAGCGAGGGGAUUGCGCCUUGGCUGAGCAAACAGACAGACAGACAGACAGACAGAAAGACAGACAGACAGACAGACACCGAUGCAUCCAUAAAUGCACACGCACCUCCCCACAUACCUGACGAGCGAUUCCACCGCGCGAGUGCCAGCACUGGCCAUGCAGUGUAGCAGAUCUCCAGCUGCACGCUGCACCUCGUCGCGCCCAGAGGUGCCGUUGCCCACCAGCUCAAAGAUAAGUGCCCCGAACAUGUCGGCCAUGGUGGCCGCCACAUCCUCAUGCCGUGUGGCUGUGCUGUUGGAGAUGACGAACUCCAUGGCCCGCAAGGCACUGAGUUGCUGACGCGUGUCGGUGCUCCGCAGCUGCUUCAUCACAUUGUUGGGCGUCGCAUCAUCGUCCUGCGCAGCGCCGCCCACGGCCGCCGACACGAAAGCCAGUGCCAAGGCCGCAGCCGACAACAUCAGCAGACUUCCCCUUUCACCUCCCCACAGGGCGGCGAGGUUUGUGAUGAGACGGCUUCUCGCUUGGUGGCAGGAUGAAGCUGGGGACCACAAUGCAGCCCAGAUCACGAUGGUUGCUUCGGCGGACGAG